AUGACACCUUCCACGACAAGGCGCUCUUGGUGGUGGGACAUCCACCCAUCGCAAUGGGACUCCCUCGCAAACGAUCACUUCAUCCUACCACACUUGAGAUCGCGGUUGGCGAGGCUCCACAACCCAAACAAAAUCAGGUUGUCUGCGGCGACAGAGGAGCACUUGGCAAGGGCUCUCCUUCACGGGUGGGCCCCAUCUACUCUUAGAGGAUACAAUAGCGCAGUGAAUCGGUUUAUUCAAUUCUGCAGAGACGAGAAGAUCCACCGACGAUUCUGGCUCCCAGCGGAUGAACUUGUACUCUGCAUGUUCGCCGCGUCGAGCGAAGGCCACCAUGCAGGCAGCACCGCCAGGAACGCCCUCGCCAGGCUCAAGGCUUGGCAUUCUGUGCAGAACGCAGAAUGGAAAGGAGGCAAACACCUCGAUUACGUCCUGAACGGGGUGGAGAACAGAUGCCCCACCCUCUCGCAUAGACCACCCUGCCUUCCCAUCAAUCAGAAGAUGCUACGCAUCCUCAGGGUGGGCCUGGACCUGUCAGACAAUGUCAACAUGGCCGUCUUUGCGGCCGCGUGUGUGGCUUUCUGGGGCCAAUGCCGCCUAGGUGAACUCCUCCCAUCCUUGACAACGCCGGCAGCCGCAAAGAGGAACCUGAGUCAUGCAGACAUCACCUUCCCGACACCUGCAUCCCCCUCCCACGUCAUUCACCUCCCAUCGAUGAAGGUCCGCUUCAGUCAAGGUGAAGAUGUUGUCAUCCUCCACCAACGCAGCUCGUCGGACCCCAUCGGAGCUCUGCGGCAUCACCUGUACUGGAACAAACCGGGAUCCGACGACCACCUCUUCGCCUACCGAACAACCUGCAGCAUCUGCCCUCUUACCCGGUGUUUCUUCAUGCGGAAAUGCAGCACAAUCUGGAGUCAGGCCAGCCUGCCAAGGUUCAUGGGACAUUUGUUCCGCAUCGGAGGUACCAUGGAACUGUUACUGGCCAGCAUCCCACCCGACGUCAUAAAGAAAGCCGGGCAAUGGUCCUCCGGCGCCUUCCUGCGCUAUUGGAGGGUGGUCAAAGGCAUUCUCUCAUCACACAUGCAGCAUCUCCCACCAGGCCAAUCCCAGUACUUUCUCUGA